CCCUUUCGUGCACUGCCAGCCACUGCUUCCUUCAGGUGGGACCUUCGACCUGGCCAACUCAUUUGGUCGUGGAAAAUCGGUCCGUGCAGAAGUCGGACCCCCACUCCAGUGAUUCUUAUGACUCGUGGCUGUGGCUGUGCCCCCGAGGACAGAGACACGAUCGAGAAUUUGUUUUAUCAUGUCAACUGGUCGCGUCCAGUAACCAACUCAACCACCAUCUUUCGCCUUGUCCGACCCGGCGAUGGAAGGAGGGAUCCGCAAUCAUGCCAAUCGCUCGUUGUCCAGCCUGUCGUUAGCUCUGCCGGGAGGGCUUCAAGGCAUGGACAAACGCAGGCUGUUACUGAUAUACAUUCAUGGCUUCAUGGGUUCCGAAGCCAGCUUUCAUGACUUCCCAGCACAUAUUCAUGAUCUAGUCACGGGCUUAUUGAGCGAGUCGCAUGUGGUAUACACUCGCAUUUAUCCUCGAUACAAGUCUCAUGGCGAGCUACAAACAGCAGUGAGCCAAUUCAGCGCCUGGUUAUCACCUCAUGAAGCCGAUGACUUGGAUGUCAUCCUGCUGGGGCAUAGUCUUGGAGGGAUUCUUGCCGCAGAUGUUGCUCUCCUACAGCAAAAUGGGCGACCGAAACAUCGAAUCCUGGGACUUGUGAACUUUGAUGUUCCCUUCUUGGGGCUUCAUCCCCGCGUAAUCCCCACGGGGAUCAUGGGUUCGGUUCCGAGGAAAGAUGUAGCCCCUGAAGACCAACUUGCGGGCGAACAAGAGUCUCUUGGUUUAGAGCCUGCCUAUAAGCCCGCCACUGCAAACCCAAACUUUGACCCGCCAUUCAGAAAUGAUGUUCGGCUCGUUCAACGUGGAUUCCUGAAGGGUGUGAUGCACUUUGUCAAUAAGAACACCGACAAUCUCUCGCGCUCCAUAUUCGACCGUCUGGUAUCACCCAUGAGAUUUGCAGGCUGUGUCAAUAACUACUCCGAACUUCGCCAGCGACAUCGACGCCUGAUAGAGCUAGAAGAUGCCGAAUACAAGCCUGAAAGAGUACGAUUCGUCAACUACUACACCACCAGUACCGGUCGAAUAUCCCGGAAAGCCAAGGGAGAGACGUCGAAGAAGUCCGACGAGACAGCUACAGAUGAGCCUGCAGAGAAGGAGGUAAUCGAAGACAUGCCAGAGAUUUCCGUGGAAGGAAUUAAACUCGGCGAUGAUAGCGAGUCGAUACCCCCACCUCCGCCUACACGGAAACCUCCUGAGAUACCAAAUGCCUUGCGAAUAUCAGAGGCAGUCCCAUCCGGGACAAGCACCUCAUCACCCGAUAACCAAAGCUUAAAGUCUAUCUCAUCAGACUCCACUCUCGCAGCCCAAGAACUGAGCUCAGAUACCGAUCGCCCAUCGAUCGAAGCCUCUAGCAUCGCAUCGUCGACGACUCUCGAUCCAGAACACGAAAAGCUCUCCGAAGCCGUCUCCAUCUCGACAUCGCAAUCCGAACUCGACGCAGACACAUUGAAAGGGAAACUUCGCAAGUUUAUCCUUUUGCCAUCUCACCAUUGGAAGUAUAAUGACAAUUCUCACUGGACACCGGUUCUGAUGCAGGAUAUGAAUGAAGUAAUGGCGCAUCAGUCCAUGUUUGUGCCACAGGGUGCAAAUUAUGACUACCUAGUUGGGGAUACCGUGUCGCUAAUCGAGCAAUGGGUUCAGACCGAUCUCAGCCGAAGAUUGAUGCAAGAAAGUCUUGAUUAGAAGAAGGCUUUCAUGAUGGGACUGCUGCUUAUGCUACGAACGUAACGAAUCAAUCAGAAUUACCAAAUGUUUAAAACCAA